AUGAGGUUGGCGAGCUGGGCGGUUGGGUUAGUCAUUGUCAGUCAGAUCGCUGGUCGAGUCGGCUGCUCUCUGUUGGUCGCGCGUCGACGCGUGUAUUUCCGCUUCGUUUUUACGCAUUCUUGCAUAUCGAUUGCUCGGUUGCCAUGCGCUGCUGCAAGCGAUGCGCCAUGUGCCUUGAUAUGCGUGCGUGAUGUUGGCUAUCGCUUGCAGAUGGUAUUUCGUUUUGCUGAAAAGCCAGCUUUUGAUGCGUCUGUCCUGCAUUUACGUUUUUCGAGUUUUGAUGCCAUGUCCGUAAUUAAGUCAUCAGGGCGUGAGACGGUUGUUUUGCUUGAGAUGUGCAUUGCAUUAUCUCUUGAUGGAUUUACAGAAAUGUCUGUUUCUGCGGCUUCAACCUCAAAUGCGAAUAGUAGCAGUAAUGAGCCAGUAACCACUAGUGGCAGCGCUCUGGGAAUAUCAGAAAACCCAUCUGCGUCGGAUGAGAAAUCAUCGAUGAUGGAUGCGGAAAACAUUCAGAUUGAGGGGUCGCAAAAUGGAGGAGAUUCAUCGGAACAGCAUGUUGAUGAUGGGGAUAAUGAUGACAGUACUACGGAUGUCGCUACCGCUGCGCUAUCAACAAAUGGCUGGGAGUCGCCGCGACAGGAAGCAAUUAAUGGAGUAGUACAACCGCGUGUGAUCCCACCGCCAGGUAAGCCUACACGGCAUACAAAUCAACUGGAAUUUAUGUUGAAGGAAGUUCUGAAACCGGCGAUGCGUCAUAAGCAUGCCUGGCCAUUUAUGAAACCUGUAGAUGCUGUACGUCUGGGACUGCCGGAUUAUCACAAGGUGAUCAAGCGUCCAAUGGAUAUGAAUACUAUCGAAAAACGCUUGCGCAAUUGUUACUACUAUUCGGCAAAAGAUUGCAUGCAAGUAAGUAGGCCCUUAUUUUUUGAGCUGGAAACGUUGCGUGCGGAGAGAUACUGUCCGGGUCUGAAAUAA